UCCGCUGCACCUGGCCACACUGACCAGCGUUUAAGCAAAUUCUCAGACCAAAACAUUCCCAGUUCAGUUUCCAAUUGGACGCCAGGAUCAAAGGAGCGCAGCCGCGGGCACAGGAGCACGCGAAGCACACGGAGCCAAGCACUCGAGGACCCGAGGAGCACAAGAAGCCAAGAAGAGCCCAGCUGCUGGCCAGGAUGAACGGACUGCCGCCGAGCAAGCACUACAACCUGACGCACUACCAGCAGCGCUACAACUGGGACUGCGGACUGUCCUGCAUCAUUAUGAUCCUGUCGGCGCAGCAAAGGGAGCAGCUCCUUGGGAACUUUGAGGCCGUGUGCGGCGAGGAGGGAUUCGGCUCGAGCACCUGGACCAUCGACCUGUGCUAUCUGUUGAUGCGCUACCAGGUGCGCCACGAGUACUUCACCCAAACGCUCGGGAUCGAUCCCAACUACGCGCAGCACACGUACUACUCCAAGAUCAUCGACAAGGACGAACGGCGCGUGACGCGCAAGUUCAAGGACGCCCGGGCACAUGGACUGCGCGUGGAGCAGCGCACCGUGGACAUGGAGGUCAUUCUGCGGCACUUGGCCCGCCACGGACCCGUCAUCCUGCUGACCAACGCCUCGCUGCUCACGUGCGAGGUGUGCAAGCGCAAUGUCCUGGAGAAGUUCGGCUGUUUUCACAUACCCUGCAUUGCUCAAAAUACACGCCUCCAUGGACCCAAAAGGUAUGCCGGACACUAUGUGGUACUCUGCGGAUACGACAUGGCCGCCCAGAAGCUCUUCUACCACAAUCCCGAGGUCCACGAUGGCCACAUUUGUCGCUGCCUCAUCGAGUCCAUGGACACGGCACGGCGCGCCUAUGGAACCGACGAGGACAUCAUUUUCAUAUACGAGAAGAAGGAAACUAGGGAGUAGUAGAUGGAUUAGCCAGCGGAACAGAGGAACAUAUGAACAGAUGAAUAUGAACAGAGGAAUAGAUGAACAGAUGAAUAGAUGAACAAAUGAACAGAUGAACAAAUGAACAGAAGUACCUGCCGUCGCCAGGUUGCCAGGUGAUGAGAACGGAUGAUUGGAAUCUGCGAUUGUGAUAUUAGGACUUUAGGAGGAGACCUUCUGGGGGGGCCUUCGAGUGGGAGGUGAGAGAAAUAGCUGUCUGGUUAACUUUGGCACAACAGUGUACUUUAUUUAGGUAUUGUUAGCAGUUGGUCCCCAUACAAAAAACAAUUACACACAUAUUUAUAUAAACUUGCCAGGCAGCGUCUACUCGUACAUUAUAGAGGCGUUCCAUUGACGCUCCAAAAACCGUCGGAGGAAAGUCCGAAAAUCCAAUGUUAUUUCAUAGUUAUGUUUAACACAGAACAAUAAUAAUUGUUCUUAGCUAACAUUCCGCUAAACGCCCCCCAACUAAUUUUCAUAUUUGUAGUACGAAAACAUUCCAAUAACUAUUAUGCAUGUAUGUAUAUGUAGAAAAUAAAUGAGAUUAUUGUUCCAAA